UGAAACUGUUCAACAUUUGUUUCUUUGUGAUACGAGCCCAACAAUGCUUGAGCAAGCGAAAGGAACUCCUGGUUUAAAAAUGACCAAGGUUGAAAUGGAUGAGGAACAUUUGGAAGGAAGUGAAGAGUGCGGCGAAGAGCAGAUAUGAAGGAGAAGGAUAAUGGAUGCAUCAAAUCAAUUCGAGCUGGAAAGUUCAAAAUAAAAGUGUCUUUAAGUACGUGUUGGACGAGCUACCCACUGAAGUUCAAAGACGCACAUCUUUGUCUAUUCCUCCCAUCAUAAUUCUAGCGACAACUUUGCGGUUUGUUGCAGAAGGUGGAUAUCAAUUUGGGGUAGGCAAAGAUCGCAAUUAAACUGUCCCAAUCAUCUGUGUCAAGCUGCAUACAAAAAGUGACAUCUGUUUUGGAAGCAAACCUUAAAUUAAUACGCCAACAAAUAAAAGUAAAUUUAUUUUCGUUAUUUUUCAACAAAAAUAUCUGAACUUACAUGUGUUUUCGUUUUUAUUCGACACAAAAAUUUUAACGUCAAAUAAAUGACAUUUGAUUCGAAUGAUAAGAAAGUCAAAAUUUGCUUGAUUUUCAAAAGAUAAAUGAACUUUCGAAUCGUUCGAAACUGAAAAUGCGAAUCUUUCGAAAUCGAACAACUUUCGCACGAAAGCGAAUGUCAAAAUAAGGCUGAAAAACUGACAGUGCCUCUGUGCGCAAGGUUAGGCCCUUUUUUCCGACGCUUUGACUGGAGUAUACGGACGGAUUCCGUGAUUAUUUUUUCGGGAACCGUAGCAAAUUUCCGAUUGACACUUCGUCGCCCUAGUAUUGGAGUGCCGUAUACGCCAAAUUGCAUUUUUUGAGCUAGGUAUGCAGUCUUAUGUUUUCGAAGUUGCUCUUUUCAAAUCUGCUAUCCGUUUUUUUCUAUCUUUUUUCGUUGCCUAGAUAUUCGCUAUUGUUUUGACAAAAACAAGAAAUUUUGGCCUUACGUCAAAUUUUUCAUGCAAUGUAAGAAAAUUUUGAGAAUUGUUUUGACGUACGUUAUGUUUUUUUUUGACGUACGUGUAUAUGAAUAAAAGAAACUUCUGAUUUUCAUGGCGUAUACGGCAAACUCAUUUUGGACAAAAAUUUAAAUAUUUUGAAAACUAAUCGAAUUGCAGAUGUCCAAUAACAUGUAUAUAAAAGACACAUUUUAAUUAUAUAUCAUACUAAAAUAUCAAAAAAUACCAGCGGUUAGUUCUUUCGCAAUUAUCUUCCGAACUUUUAAAUGCGAUUUCCCAAAAAUGUAAAAAUGGCGUAUACGGCACUUCAAUACUAGGGCGACGACUUGCCAUCACGGCACCUGGCGGCCAUGUGAAAUCCUGUAUAUGAUAUAGAUUUUUUCGAUGUAUUUCCCAUAAGAAAAAAAUAAGAAAGACCUCAAAAAACAUUCGUUUUACGAAUAAAUUUUAUAUGAACAGGUAUCAAUAUUAUGAUUGUAAAAAGAUAAUAAUAUUUGUUUAUGUCCAAAUUAGGUUUAAAAUAUAACAAAAACUGGAAUUAGUCCUGUGUAAUUUGACUCCAUAGGUGUAAGCAACAACACAGCAACAUGAAAACAAUUUUCUUUUUCAUUUCAAAAAUAAAUAGGUACAGAGGUACACACUCCAAAAAUGUUUCAUGAAAAUAUAGAAUUCCAAACCAGUUUUUGUCCACCAAUACCAUAUCCAUAUAAAGAUCUAUGUAUACAUACAUCCAUUCGUAUGUCACCCCGUACGCGUGAGUGCGAUGGCGAUCUCACAAAGAGACUGAAAACCAACAUCCUGAGAGAAAAAAAAGCAGAGAAUUCUAUGGCGAAUUUGGCAAUUUAAAAAGAGAGCGAAACACAUUCACUAAUACACACAAAUGCUUUUACAUGAGUUCUGACUUCGCUAAAAAAAGGAACCCAGUCUUAACGUUUAUGAAUACUAGAUACUAUUAUAAAUUAUAUUUUAUUUUUAUUAUUAAAAUUCUUUAUUUUUCAAGAUUUUUUUUUACAAUUUUGGUUUUACAUACAUUAUCAAGACAUGGCCGAGUGCCGUCAUGGACUUUACAUUUAACAGGAAUUGGACUUAAUGCGUCCAGGACGAUGGGAGUUUGAUUUGCACAGAGCGCCCCUGUUCGCUCGUUGUUGGCUUUAAAUGUAGAGUCCAGAUUAAACAACUUAAAUUACAUAUAUUUACAUUUAGUAAUUAAAACAAUAAUAAACAUAAGUGAAAGGAUAAUAAUAAUUAAAUUAUGUUCACUAGGAAAUCAAAAGAAAGUAGAUAGGUACAAUAAACAAAAUGCCUUCCAUUACAAUAAAUAUAAGUGGACUUAAAAUAACUCGUUUACAACAUCUAUUCUGUAUACAAGUUCUACAUUACAAAGUCCUAAGAGCCUUGUCCAUCACUGCCAAUUGAGUAUCAGUCUUAUUUCUUCAUUUUCUAAAGUUUAUUUAUUCUAAUAAACCCUUCUAAUUUCUUGGAGUAUAGGACAUCUUCCUGGGAAGUGGCUGAUAUUUUCACGCUCUCUUAAGUUUUAGCUCAUCGUUUUCUGUUUUGAGCGUUCCCAAAUCUACUCGGAUCUCAUCGAUGUCAGUUUUUCUUUGAGAAGAAUAUUUUCGAAUGUUUUCGAAAAUAUUUUCCAGAUCGGCUAAGGUUAGCUCUGAUGAUUUCGAGGAAGAGGAUUUUUUUGUUUUUGGGGGCAUUUCUGGUAUAGGUCUCUUGGUCGUUUUGACAGGGGAGAAAUCUUUCAUUUCAACAAAGGCGGACAAACGAAAGUUGGAAAAAUUAAGGAAAAAUUUUGAUUGUCACUUACUUUUAUUGAUUAAAUUGUUAAACGAAUUCGUCUAAACCCGUAGACCUCACGAACAACAAUAGCCUAGCUACGGUCAUAACAAAAGGACCAUACAUCGAAAGGCUAGGGCGAUCGAUGAAAGGGAGUUACGUCACCGUCAGAAUCGUAACGCUGAAAGAAUUGUCCGUCGCGAAUUGCGAAUUGCACUGGACAAAUCCCAAUAGCGUUUGCGUGCAGCGGCAGAACAAGGAAUCACGGACACACCUAGCACCUCCAAAAGAGCUAGGUAUGACGCUGAUUAUCCAACCAACUCUUCGCCUAAUAAGACGAAGAAGAAAUUUAAGACCUCCCGGGCUAGCGUAAAGGGCCACCAAGUCGCUAUAGCUGAUUAUGGUAAGCCCACACGCAAGCUGACUAAGGAUGAAUGGCAUCUCCUUGAACUAAGAAUCCUGGAGGAAGUCAAUGAGGCUAUCGCCAAGAGCUGGACUGUUCCAAUCUUCGGUAACCUUACGACUGUCCAUGGUCCAUGGUGACUCUCGACUGGCUUCGGGAGUUCAUACAGAAAACGUCAGCUCCAUGAAAAAGCGCCGAAUUGCGUCUCAUCGACGUAAGGGAGAUAAAAGAUCUCAAUAGACCUCUUGGAAGGCUGUUGGUCAAAGGCCCGAUCCUUCUCAAUGAUCGGCUUGAGAGAUACAUCCUUCUUCUGAAUAGUGAUCUCUUGAGCAAAGAGUGGGAAGUGGUCAAGAGGGAAAGAACGAAUUAUGGUGGUGAGAUUGAGUCACAAAUCUUUACCACUCCUGAGGAUGGCUGACUUCAAGGUACGCCUUGGUAUCACUAGGUACAAACUAAGGUUAAGCGAUGAACUUUAUUAUAUAAAUGGAAUUGAAAAUCUUACAAAUCAAUCUUCAUCAUGGUUAAGAAGAUAGAUAGAUAAGAUAGAUGAAAUUCUUUAUUUCAUAAAACAAAGUUUACAAUAUUUAUUCCUAAGAAUAAGGACGUGGCAAUUCUGCCGUCUGCCUGAUAUGACUGUUGAGUCUUAAAUACAUUUCUAUCAAAUAUUCAUUUAAAUUGUUAUUAAUUAUCUUAACUUAACUUUUAACAUUUAACAUUUGCUAUAAAAUUGAAUAAUUCACUUAAUUAAUUGCACUUAAACACCCUGUAAAUAAUUCUAUGUUUUUUGUUUGUUAAUUUGCUUACAAGGUUACUUAUGAAUUGUCAGAGAAAACCUUUCCGGUUGUCAAAACCUAACUUUUUUAUAAUCUCUUCUUAAUAAAGCUGUGAACUAGUAAAGACCGUGUCUUCAAUUAAUCCAAAUUUAUUAGGGCAAUCCAUCAAGACAGUAUCUUGAAUCGGACUUAUUUAACAGGGAAACAAAAACGCUUGCUUUCUCUCAAUAUUAUUUGGUGACCCCGACGUGAUCGUAUCACAAAAUUUAACGUUUACUAAACAAUAUUUGCUGUACUAUCAACAAUGCCUGAUGACGAUACAGCCACAAAAACUACCAGUUCGGAAAAGGGUGCAACAGGCUAACCUGUGGAUGGAGCUGCUUUAAAGGCCCAGCAGAAGAAACUCAAGGGUCUAGAAGCUCUUAAAACUCGACGAUUUGUGGCCAUGGACCAGAUUGAAAGAGUGAGGUUAUUUUCUGUUCAAGCCAAAGAUAACCCUGCUUCAACGUCUGUGCCCGAUCUACAAGUUCGUAUUGAAGCUCUAGAGUCUGCCUUUAGCAAUUUUAAGGUGGCACAAUUGAAAAUUGAAGAAGCUGAUUACGAGGAAAUCAACAAUCCUGAGCGCUCUCAUAACGAAGAAGUCUACUACUCCACCAUCGCCACACUUAAAGUUCUUUUGAACGUUAAACAUGUGAACAAGGAUGAAACAAUGGACGUAUCCCAAUCAACUUCUAAUAAACACGAUUCAAUCAAAUUGCCAGUAAUUGAACUUCCUUCAUUUUCAGGUGACGUGACUAAGUGGACGGUUUGGUACAAUCGCUUCGUAUCACUGGUGCAUAACAAUCAUAAACUGUCUAAGCAAGCUAAGUUUCAUUACCUGCUUUCGAAGCUUAGCGAAACUGCGAUUGCCCCAGUUGAAGGGCUCAAAAUAGAAGACGACAACUACGAUGUGGCACUAGCAAGGCUGAAGGAACGUUUCGAAAACAAGAAAAUUAUUGCCCAGGAGCACCUCCAACGCAUAUUCAAUCAUUCCAAGAUUUAUAAGGCAUCCGCAGCAGAUUUAAGGAACCUGGUGGAUAAAAUCAGCAACCAUUUAACUGGAUUGAGUAAUCUGAAAAGACCCGUCGAACAUUGGGACGAUGUUGUUGUUUUUAUAAUGACUUCCAAGUUGGAUCCUGCUACUCUGAGUAAGUGGAAUGAUGACGCACCAACAGAUCGACUACCAAGUCUAAAGGAACUUACCGAUUUUCUUAAAAAGAGAGCUCAGCAUCUUGAAGGUAAUAUUACAAAUCAUUUAUUUACUCCUGAUUGUUCAACAAAAUCUGAUAACCACAAAGGUCAGAAAUCUAAUUCAAAAAAACAAUGUAAAAACCUUUAUUACCACAAAAAACACUUGCAUUUUUUGCUCAGUUCCCGGCCACUUUAUUUAUCGAUGUUACAAAUUUCAAGGUCUUUCUAUUCCCGAACGUAUACACAAAAUUAAAAAUCUAAAUCUAUGUUACAACUGCUUGAAAUCUACAGAUCACAGUAGCGCUAAUUGUCCAUCUAGUGGUUGUCGUCAUUGUGGAAAGAAACAUCACACACUCUUGCAUCUUAUUGAAAAUGCUCCAACUUUUGUACCACAAGCCCCACUUAGUUCAAGUAGUCACCCAACGUCUUCUCAGAACCUCAAUACUUCACACGAAAUACCUGCUUCAACUUCUCAUUCAAUGUACGCCAGCUCUUCUGAAAAUAGUCUUUUGGGAACAGCAGUCAUAAAUAUAUUAAACAAAUGUCAACAGGUCAUACCUUGCCGUGGACUCAGGGUCUCAAACACAUUUAAUUUCUGAAAGGCUUAUGCAGUGUCUUGGAACGCAACGUCUGCAAUCAAAUACCACCUUAUCUUGUGCCAAUAACAUUGUAACAAUGGCUAAACACAAAGCAAUUCUUAACAUCAGUUCUCGUAUCAAUGGACUUACAGCUACAAUAGAGGCGCUUGUGAUACCACAAAUAACAGGACUGCUACCUGAUAAAAAAAUUGACAUCAAAGAAUGGAACAUUCCAAAUAAUAUUAAUUUAUCUGAUCCACAAUUUAAUGUUCCUCAGCGUGUAGAUCUGCUUCUUGGCGUGGAUUUGUUUUACAAAAUACUAUGCGUAGGACAGAUUAAAUUAGGACCGAACUUACCUGCGUUGCAAAACACGUUAUUUGGGUGGGUAGUAGCCGGUCAACUUCCAAAAUCCAAUAAUCAGAGCACUUCCAACAGACUUAGUUUCGCUAUUAGAGACACUCCGCAAGAAUCCGAAACCGAUGAAGCACUAAGCAAAUCGUUACAAAUACUUUGGGAAAUUGAAAGCUUCAACUGUCAAACAGAUGUUCUGUCAACAGAAGAAAGGGAAUGCGAAAAUCAUUUUGUGAGCAACUAUUCGCGCUUAGAGUCUGGUCGUUUCAGUGUGAGACUUCCCUUCAAGCAGAAUCCAAACUUAUUAGGGAAUUCUUAUGAUAUAUCCAAAAGGAGGCUUCUGUCCCUCGAAAGAAGAUUCCGUAAAAACCCAGACCUGUUUCAACAAUACUCUGCCUUUAUGAACGAAAUGCUGCUGAACUCUCACAUGGAAUUGGUAAACAAUUUAGACCUCACCUCCCCACAUUAUUUUCUCCCCCAUCACUGCGUCAUAAAGCUAUCAAGCUCAUCUACAAAAUUACGAGUGGUGUGCGAUGCUACUGCCAAAACGAGUGCUGGGAAAUCAUUAAAUGAUAUUCUAAUGGUAGGUCCUGUUAUUCAGCCAGAUUUAUUCUCCAUCGCUCUGAGAUUUCGGAGACACAAAUUUGUGAUGACAGCUGAUAUAACAAAAAUGUAUCACCAAGUGCGAUUAGAUGAGUCUGAUAGACGAUUUCAUUACAUUUUAUGGAGAAAUUGUGAGAGCGAGAUUGCCAUUUAUCGUUUGUGCACAGUCACUUUUGGCACUGCUUGUGCUUCAUUUUUAUCAACUCGUGCAUUAAAACAACUGUCUGUCGAUGAAGGGGAACAAUUUCCUGCAGCGGCUAAAGCUAUAAGCUCUGAGUUUUAUGUCGACGAUUUGAUCACUGGUUGUGAUUCUCUCAAUGAAUUAAAGGCUUUAAAGUCAGAAUUAAUAUCGUUGCUGGGCAAAGGUGGCUUCAUACUUAAAAAAUGGUGUGCAAACUCUGUUGAAAUCUUAGAAGGAAUUCCAAAAACUGAUCGUGAGCAAUGUUUCAAGAUAAAAGGUAAAGAGGUAAUCAAAACAUUAGGUACCUAUUGGAACCCAGUCGAAGACAAUUUUCACUAUGAGAUAACUCCUCUGCUUUCAGAGUGCAUAACAAAAAGAACAGUUCUUUCCGAUAUUGCACAUCUAUUUGACCCUUUGGGUCUUAUAAACCCUGUCAUCGUUCUUGCUAAGAUGUUUAUGCAACAGCUGUGGCGUCUGAAGCUUGCGUGGGAUGAAGCACUGCCCCAAGAAUGUCAUCACUCAUGGUUAAAGUUUCGAAAAGGUCUACAUGAGCUCAACAAUCUGCAUAUUCAUCGCCGUGUAUUUUUUGGUCAUACAGAUAAUUAUCAGCUUCAUGCAUUUUCAGACAGCUCAGAAGGUGCAUUUGGUACAUGUGUAUAUAUACGUUCUGUAGAUGAUGAUGGUACUGUAAGAACUAACCUGUUAUGUGCCAAAUCUAAAGUAGCACCGGUGCGUAAGGUUACACUACCACGUCUGGAGUUGUGUGCCGGAGCGAUGAUGGUUCAGCUUGUGCAACGACUAAAAGAGAUUUUCGGUUCCAUCUUACAGCACAUAACUUAUUGGACGGACUCGUCAAUUGCUCUGAGUUGGAUCGCUGAGGAAUCAUGUAACUGGCAGACCUUCAUAGCCAAUCGCGUUUCAUUUAUUCAUCAACACUCUUCAAGUUCUCAAUGGCGACACAUUCGUUCGGAAUUGAAUCCUGCGGACGUGAUAUCGAGAGGAUCAUAUCCGUCAGCAUUAAUUCAAAGCGACCUGUGGUUCAGAGGACCUUCUUUUCUGAAUCUGGAAGAAAGCGAUUGGAUUUCCUCAAAUGCAAUUUUGAAUGCUGAAAACCUGCAGCUUGAACGAAAAAGAACCAAAACGAUUUUAAAGAUUGUUAUAGAAACUGAUUUUAUGGAAAACAUAAAAUACCACAACAAUUACGAGUCUCUACUCAGAGUAGUUGCAUACUUGUUCAGAUACAGAAACAAUCGCUUCAAGAAAAAUAUUAAGUUAUUUGGACCGCUAAGUGUCGCAGAACUCAACAAAGCUCUGAAAGGUUUGAUAAAAUACGUUCAGCUCACAAGUUUUCAAAGAGAAAUCGAAACAUUUUCUAAAGGCGAUCAGCUGUCCUCAAGAUGUCAGAUCAACUCGCUUUCACCAUUCCUGGAUUCUGAGGGAAUACUUCGUGUAGGAGGCAGAAUAACUAAUUCGACUCUGAACUUCGACACAAAGUUAUGUUAUUGCCAAAAGACCAUGCAUUCACCACAGUUUUGGUUCGUCAUCUGCACGAGAAGAAUUUUCAUGCUGGUCCGCAAGCGCUUCUCAACAAAGUUCGUGAAAGGUUUUGGCCCAUACAUGGUAAGAUGGUGACUCGUAAGAUUGUUCACAAAUGUGUUCGAUGCGCACGAGCAAAACCAUCUCGUAAUCUUCAAAUUAUGGGUGAUUUGCCUCAUCAUCGAGUACAACAGUCAAGGCCAUUUAAUAUAGUUGGUGUUGAUUUUUGCGGCCCAUUUAGCAUCCAUUUUCGUCGUCGAGGUACAUCGCCUAUGAAGGCUUAUGUUGCAGUGUUUGUCUGCUUUGUGACCAGAGCAGUCCAUCUUGAGUUAGUGUAGGAUCUAACUACCCACAGCUUUCUAGCGGCUCUAAAACGAUUCAUUGGCAGACGAGGAUUGUGCUCAGUAAUCUACAGCGAUAAUGCUACUAAUUUCAUUGGGGCGCGAAACCAAUUGCAUGAGCUCUAUGAAAUGUUCAUGAGGAGUGAAAACAGAGAUGAAAUAAUUAAGGCGUGUGCAGCAGAUGGGAUAGAGUGGAAAACCAUUCCUCCUCGAUCUCCUCAUUUCGGGGGUUUGUGGGAGGGCGCCGUUAAAAGCUGCAAGUUUCAUAUGAAACGAACCUUACAAAAUUCUUCUUUAACAUAUCCCGAACUUAAUACUUUUUUAAUUCAAAUUGAAUCUAUUCUCAA